AUGGCAGCCCCAACAGCCCAGCUUGGUGUCGCCGACGCUACGAGGAACAACAGGGGCGCGGUUGAGGAUGCCAGGAAGACCCAGUCCUUUAUUGUGGCAGAGUGCGCAAGUGCUGGAACAGAGCCACCGCCGUAUGAGCUGAUGGCCCUCAUCGGCAAGGGAAGCUUCGGCCGCGUGUACAAGGCCCGCGGGCUGAAAUCACGGCAACUGGUUGCCGUCAAAAUUAUCAGCAUCGAGGAGGGUGACAGCAUCCGCCCCGGCGGCACGGAUACGUUCGGUGAUAUCUUAAAGGAGGUCAACACGUUAAAGCUCCUCAACGACGGAGGGGCGAAAAACGUCAACCGUGUUCUUGAUACCCAUCUUGUCGGCCAGUCUGUUUGGGUCAUUACCGAGUACUGUGCCGGCGGCAGUGUCGCCACGUUGAUGAGGCCAACUCGUGGUUUGGCAGAGAAGUGGAUUGUCCCCGUUUUGCGAGAAGUUGCCGAAGCCGUACAUUGGGUUCACAGCCAUGGCGUCAUUCACAGGGACAUCAAGUGUGCCAACGUCCUGAUUACCGACGCUGGCGGUGUUCAACUGUGCGACUUCGGCGUCGCCGGCAUCAUCGAGACCAAGUUCGACAAGAGAAGCACGGUUACCGGCACAUUGCAGUGGAUGGCCCCCGAACUAUUCGACUCCUCGAUAUCCUACGGUAUUGAGGUCGACAUUUGGGCCUUUGGAUCCAUGGCUUACGAAGCGGCCACUGGGCUACCGCCAAACGCGACUGGCCUGGUUGACAGGGUCAACUUUGGCUCGUAUCUCAAGGACAACUGCCCACGCCUCCAAGGAGAUCAAUAUUCGUCUAAUCUUCGAGACAUUAUUGCCUUCUGCAUGGUCCAAGAUCCUGCUCAACGACCCAGCAUCGAGCAGGUCCAGGCACAUCCUUAUAUUUCCAACACCGCCAGCAGAUAUCCCACUGCAUCACUGUCUCAGCUCGUCAAGGCCUACAGACUCUGGGAGACGCAAGGCGGGAUUAGGCAGUCCCUUUUCUCCGCAGGCGGUGCGCAGGGCCCUGCAAGCAUGUCGUCGCCUCCUCCUCUGAACGACGGGUGGAACUUUGAGACAUUGAACGAGGCUAGUCCCGAAUCUAACAACUCGGGCGCUCAGACUAUUCUGGACGUAUAUGGACCGGCCGUCGACCUGCCUUGGAAACCCCCAAAGCAACCCGGGCGACGUCGGCAACCAAACGUUAAGCCGCUCGUCGUCCCGCUCGAGCAGGUCUUCGAUCCCACUGUCGACACCAACUACAACGACAACGCUCGUGUUUUCUACGGCUAUCAUACCAAGCCGCCGACAAAUGAUUUACCGCUACGGGACGACCUGGAUGGCUCGAAUGUCAGAGAGUCGCUGAUAGAUCUUGACGUAUCACUCGACGGCAACCACUUGUCGCAGUUCGUUGACAUAGGGACCAUCAGAGCAGGUCCUCGGCCAGUCCCCGACGAACUAUACCAUCCCACUCGUCCACUGACUCAAGACUGGAAAUUUCCGCUCAUGGCUGCUGUACCUGGAAUCUCGGACGACAAUGAAGACUCCCAAGACGACGUCGUCUACGACUUCGAUGCGAACGAUGUAUUCGUGAGCCAGUCCAUUUCGGAUGCGAGGCCCAAUCGCGUUUCGGCGAUAAGCCUCAUUGACCUUGAUGCCAGCAUACCCGACGAGGCCGGGAUGCUUGCCCGCCCAUCCACCGCGAGUUCUGAUAACAUAUCAAUCGGUUCAGAUGCAGGCAAGACCCCGUUUGAGCUGGAAUAUCACGUCACCGAAGCAAGUUGGUCCUCGUCAAGCGUCGAAAAACCAUCUAUAUACGUAUCAGAUGACGGGCGCUUUGGGGAGCCCCACGUAUCCGAUGACGGCGACCUUGAGGACCAGACUGCUCGUUUGUUGGAUGACAUUUCUGUGGUGCAGACGCAGCCCAGCUUGGAUGAGCGUCUUCACUCCCUUCAAUACUUGAGCCCGGCAAUUCCAGCUCCGCCAUCAACGAGCGCGAUGCUAGGCACAAGUUCCCAUGAAGAGCUGAAGGGAGAACUACAGAGGUUGAUUAGGAGCCUGGGCGAGCACCUGCGGUUUACGUCGGACACACUGACGCAUCUUCCUGCCCAACGCGGCGUAAGAGCUGUGCCAGAGUCCAUGAAGUAG